UUUCUCACUUUGGUUUUCUGCAGAGCACAGUGAGAGUGUGGAAACUGAAAACUAGGGUUCUAGCUUUGCUUCUGCUUCGUGAAUUUUGCAUCUGAAUCUGCGAAAAUGACCAAAUUCAGGAAGCUAGGACGACCCACCGGUCACCGAAUGUCCAUGCUCAGAACCAUGGUAUCGCAGUUGGUGAAGCACGAACGCAUUGAAACCACUGUUGCCAAGGCUAAGGAGAUUAGAAGGCUUGCGGAUAACAUGGUACAGCUUGGAAAGGAGGGAACUGAAUGUGCGGCAAGGCGCGCUGCUAGUUUUGUAAGAGGAGACGAUGUCCUUCACAAGCUUUUUACAGAACUGGCUUAUCGGUACAAGGAUAGAACUGGUGGAUACACCAGAUUUCUUCGGACCCGUAUUCGAGUGGGCGAUGCUGCACCAAUGGCUUACAUCGAGUUCGUUGAUCGAGAAAAUGAGCUUAGGCAGGCAAAGCCACCAACUCCUCAAGCACCACAGAGAACACCCAUUGAUCCCUGGACACGAUCUCGUCUCACCAGGCAGUUUGCAUCUCCUAAAGAGGAUAACUCUGAUUGCGAUUUGUGAUUCAUUCGAUUGUAAUACUGAUACUGUGUUUUCCCCCAUAGUUUGAGAUAUUGAAUUUUGACCUUGUCUAUUUUAUAUAUCUUCUCAUGGCUUCUCAGUAAUAAAAAUUACUGUCUCCUACUACUAGAGGAAAGUGUUGUGUGAUGAUUUGGCUGAAACUGUAAUUGAGAAGGGUAAGAAAAAUAUCAACUAUUUUGGUUC